AUGUCACGAGAAGAGCUGUUGGUCUUGCGAAAGACCCUGAAAGACCUGCUGGACAGAGGAUUCAUCCGAGCGAGUAGCUCAGCGGCUGCCGCGCCGGUGCUGUUCGUGCGGAAGCCGAAUGGAGGGCUGCGAUUUUGUUGCGACUACCGAGCGCUGAAUAAUCUGGCCAAGGCUAAGUGGUUCACCAAGUUGGACGUGGUGGCCGCUUUCCAUAAGAUCCGCAUGGCUCCGGGACAUGAGGGAAAGACUGCAUUUCGCACGAGGUUUGGGCUCUACGAGUGGCUCGUGUGCCCUUUCGGCCUGAGCGGCGCCCCGGCAUCAUUCCAACGAUACAUGAACAGUGUAUUGCGCGAAUGGCUGGACGACUUUGUCACAGCGUACCUGGAUGAUGUACUGAUCUACUCGAGCGGUUCGAAGGCGGAUCAUGAGGCUAAGGUGCGACGAGUUCUCCAAGCACUCGCCGACGCUGGGCUGCACCUAGACCCAGCGAAGUGCGAGUUUUCGGUACAAGAGCAGCGCGCCAUCCGCGAAUGGGAGGCCCUGACCACGGUGAAGGGUGUCAGAAGCUUUCUGGGCUUCGCCAACUAUUACCGGAUCUUCAUCCCCGACUAUGCCAAGAUCACGCAGUCUCUGGAUGCCCUGCUUAAGAAAGGAACUGCCUUUCAUUGGGGACGAGCGGAGAACGAGGCGUUUCAGGAGCUGAAGCGACGAUUUUGCGAGUCACCGGUGCUCAAGCAGUGGGACCCGAGCCUCCUGACCUUUUGGAGACGGAUUGCUCAGGCUACGCAUUGGGAGGCGUCCUGUCGCAGGAAGCGACUUUCGCCAGCGGAGUACAACUAUCCCAUUCACGACAAGGAGAUGCUUGCCAUCAUGAGAUGUCUCGACAACUGGAACGCCGAACUUAGGAGCUGCGGCCCAUUUACAAUCCUUACCGAUCACCGCAACCUGGAGUAUUUCAUGACACGCCAGAAGCUCACGGAACGGCAGAGCCGUUGGGCAGCCGAAUUGUCCCAGUUCGACUUCAAGCUCGAGUAUCGACCGGGAAGCGAGGCUGUCGUGCCUGAUGCGUUGUCCCGCCGUGAACAAGACAAGCCACAGGGCAUUGACGACGAGCGGGAACAAGGAAGAAUGAUACAGUUGAUACCGGAUAGUGCCAUUCCAUCAUCGACAAGAGCAUGUAUCAACGCGAUGAGUUCUGACUGUUCAGAGGCAUCCACCCUGCCGAAGAUGAAGGUCUUCGAGGUAGCGGACCUGCAGCAACUCUGGGACGAAACGGUGGCGAAGGACUCGAUAUUCCGGGCAGCCUAUAAGGCAGUCCGCGAUCGCGAGCGUGCCUUCCCGCCCUCGCUGGGCCUGAAGAUCCAGAUUUCAGAAUGUGCGAUCGACGCAGGCAAAAGGCUGACAUUCAGAGACCGUAUUUGGUCGCAUGACUCUGUUGCGACCGGUCAUCCCGGCAGGGAAGGUACGCUGGCUAUUGUGGCUCGGCGAUUCUACUGGCCUGGGCAGUCCCAGCUGGUUCGCCGGUACGUAGCCAAUUGCGACACCUGCGGCAGAGCACACAUCUGGCGCCAGUCGAAAAGGGGAUUUCUCAAGCCUCUGCCGAUUCCAGAUCGACCCCGAAGCCAUUUGUCCAUGGACUUCAUCACAGAUCUGCCGCCUACUGGACCGAGCAAGGCAAGGUACCUGUGGGUGAUUGUGGACAGACUGACAAAGGCUGUGACCCUCGAGGUGAUGGACAACAUGGAAGCUGAGCCGUGUGCAAACCGUUUUCUCCAGUGUCAUUACCGAUUUCACGGAAUGCCACGGUCCAUCGUCAGCGACCGCGGGAGCAACUGGCUAAGUAGGUUCUGGAAGAGGUUCUGCCGUCUUGCAGGUGUCACGCAGAAAUUGAGCACGGCCUAUCAUCCUCAGACGGACGGAGGGCCAGAGAGAAUGAACCAGGAGAUCGAGGCCUACCUGAGAGCCUACGUGUCCGACCAAGAUCAGCCCCUUUUUCGCUGA